AUGGAUAGGCCUAGACAGAAUGAUCACUUGGGUGUGAAAAAGAUUAGGAAGAAUAUCAGAAAGAGUCCUCUCCACCUACCCAAUUUCGCUGCCAAUGCUAACUUAGGCGCGGCAGCGAGCCCUCAAGUGCAGCCUCAGGUUUAUAACAUUAGAAGGAACGACUUUAAGAGUAUUGUUCAGCAGCUAACUGGCUGUUCAGCACAUGAGAGUCUCCCUCGGCCUCCUCAGAACAACUCACCGAAGCCUCAGAAUACUACUCGGUUGCAGAGGAUUAGACCACCACCCUUAACGCAAAUCAACCGGCCUGCGGUUCCUCUACAACACCAUCAUCCUCACAGCUUUAUGAGACCGCCUCCAAACCAAUCUCAUCUGCCACAAGGCACGCAACAGCAACCAAUGAUGGGUCAAGGAGACCAGUUUUGGUCUACGACAGCUGAGUGUCCCAUCUCAGAGUAUAUGCCUUAUCAUCAAAGUUCACUUGGAGAUGAAGGUCCUAGUGGUAACCAGAUGCAGCCAUGUUUUGAACAGCAGCCUUAUAUGCCGGCUCAUGAACAUCGGCCAUACAUGCCAGGUCACGUACAUCGGCCAUGUAUGCAUGGUCACGUACAUCGGCCAUAUAUGCCAGGUCACGUACAUCGGCCAUAUAUGCAUGGUCACGUACAUCGGCCAUAUAUGCCAGGUCACGAACAGUCUCAACCUCAGAAUUAUAUGCCAUAUCAGCCUCAGCCUCAGCCUCAGCCUCAGCAUCAGCAUCAGCCCGAGCCAUAUAUGAUGCAUGGAUCACAACCUCAAAUGAAUAUGCAUGGGCCAUUACAACCUAGUCAGUAUCUACCACCACCUGCGUUAGUUCCUAGCUCAGUGCCUCGUAAUCUUCCUCCCCCUCAGUUCAAUGGUCAUGUACCUGUGACAUCCACUCUACCCUCUUCCAUGUUCAAUGGUCAUGUACCUGUGACAUCCACUCUACCCUCUCCAAUGUUCAACCAGACUUAUGGUGGUUUGCCUUCUCCUCGGUAUGAAAAUUUCGGACAACUAGACUCGCUUACGUCUCAGUUUGCUCUACCAUCUCCUACCAGUUAUCCGAACAUGUUCUCCCCUAGAUCACAAGGAGGAUUUCAGUAUCCUCAACCACUCACCCCAAACUUCUCAUUUUCACAAUUAGCUCAAUCAGGAAGUCUUGGACCCGGUUCAGGUCCUCCUCAGCAGCCUCCAUCUCCAGGGCUCGUGUUCCCGUUAUCUCCAGGAUUAUUACCUGUCCCAAGUCCAAGAUGGAAUGAUUACUAG